AUGACCUCAGUAUUGGCAUCCCAUCCCGGUGAUACCCAGCUGGCUAUGUCUCCAACGCAGGAGCCAACACCACCGGAGAAUAAUAGAAUGGAAGACGAUGAACGAGCUCGGUCGCUAAGUCACGGUGACUUGAAGGCGAAUGCUCACGACAACGAUAUCGACGAUGAUCACGCUGAUGACGGCGACUCUUCGGACGGUGAGGAUGGACCAGCGCGAAAACGGCGCAGAAGCCGCAAGGGACUCGACAAGAAGUUUGAGUGUCCUCAUGACGGCUGUGGGAAGAGUUACUCGAGGGCUGAGCACCUAGACAGGCAUACGGCGAAAGGCUCAGCACUCAAUCGAAGAGAUUCGAUGAUUGGCCAAGUCUCACCUGCGGCUGAUGGUCGCCAUCCGUUCCCUCCUGGCUCACUCUCUCCAGAGGCCAAUCGGCCUGGAAGUGGCUACAUGGGGCCUCACCCGCAUCCACAGUUCCAGGAUGCUGCAGGAAGCCCAUAUGCUUCGGUGACAAACACCCCUCCCGUAUUCCCGCACCCCAAUGGACCACACUCAAACACUGCCAGCUACAUGCGAUCAAGCCCUGCGUACGGCCCUCUUCCGGGCCAGCAACCACAACCACCACAUCAGUCUCCGAAUGGCCCACAAAGACCUUCAGUGCAGACGAAUGUUGGGCCCUAUGGGGUUAUGUCCCCGGCGUCUCAGCACGGAUUUCAAAGUCAUCCCAGCGACACUCCCCAGUCGGCCACGCCAUAUUCUGGGCACACAAAUUUCCCUCCCUUCAGCCUGCCACCAUCCAACUUUGCAUCAACGGUAUCGUCAGCAACCGUGCCCCGCGAAGGUGGUCAGGCUUACACACCACAACAGGGUGUGAACGAAUACCCCCAGGGGCAGCCUCAGCCUGCUGGCGAGAUGGUACUCCUGGAGAAUAUGACAAGUCAGACGACCAUACCCGUAUUUGGCAGCGAUAGUGUUCUUAAUAAAUCCCCUUACGUUGGCAUGCCGGAAGACUUCAUGGCCUAUCUGUUUAAUACCCAGGGACCUGAUGGCAACCCUAUGAACCACAUGGUGCCACAGUAUAACAAUUACGGAGAUCCAGCUACCCAAUACAGUGUCCCAUAUUACGGAACAGAACCUAAUCAGAUGGGCUACUUCCCAAGUGCUGGGCCACAGCAGGUGAUGGCGGUCAACAACUUGCUUGACCAAAAUCUCCCCGAGUCUGUACUUUCUGAAGAGAAAGCCAACGAGAUUUUCGAGUUCAUCAGAGAAAGAUUCCACGAGAACGGGCGCGCCCCAGUCGAGCACAAGAGAGAAAGCUUUAUCGAGGGCGAACGGACGGACGAGCACAUGCUGAGCCGCAAGAUGAUGCAGGCUUACAUUGGUUCGUAUUGGUUGCAUUUCAGCGACCAAAUACCUAUACUUCAUAAGCCGACUUUCUCCCCUGACCGGACUCCAACUCUACUCCUCAUCUCCAUGAUGACAAUUGGCGCAGCAAAUCUUGACAAGGCUCACGGCCAAAAGGUCACCGAUGCUGGGGCUGAACUAUCAAAUUUCCUUGCCUGGCAUCUGAGGUGGGAAACCUUUAUGGACACAAAUUUCAGGCCCCCGGCGAAGCUAUGGGUAUUCCAAACGCUCAUACUCUUGGAACUGUAUGAGAAAAUGUACUCGACGAGAGAACUGCACGAACGAGCACAUAUCCACCACGCCACAACCAUCACCCUGAUGCGACGCGGUCGGUCAUUGAUUGGCAAGUCUGCUUUAGACUCCCCUCCCAACCCCAGAGACGACAAGAUGGGCUCUAGGCACUCAUCCACUUCUGGCGUGGCCCAUACAGCGGAUGAAUGGUGGAAUCACUGGAUCACCAACGAGGCCACCCGUCGUGCUGCUUUCGCGGCCUUUGUUAUUGACUCCAUCCAUGCAACGAUGUUCGGACACUCAACAGUCAUGGUAGCCCACGAGAUGCGUCUGCCUUUGCCUUGCGACGAGAAACUCUGGAGGGCCCAAAGUGGAGCUGAGGUUGGACGAAUUGAGGCGAACUUCCUGUCCAAUGGCAUCAAGCCGGUGCCAUUCCUUGAGGGUCUGAAGCGUACGCUUAGUUCGCAGGAGGUCCAGACAAAUUCCUUUGGACGCAUGAUUCUCAUGGCCGGACUGUUGAACGUCAGCUGGCACAUGAACCAACGAGACCUGCAGGUGAACUCCUUGGGUGGCGGCGUUUCCUCUGCCUUGGGCGGGCGGGACAAGUGGCGCGGAACACUCACGCGAGCAUUCGACUCUUGGAAAGGGGACUUCGACAAAUCACUGAAAAGGGGUGACAACCCAUCGGAUCCGUACAGUUUCGAAUCACACGAUCGUAAUGACGCGAAUGCGGUCUUUGAGAGCCGCGUCGUCCUGCACAAUCUCGCGCACCUGGCCAUGCAUGUCGAUAUCGUCGACUGUCAGAUUUUCGCGCGCGCCAAGCGCCUUCUCGGCAGAGCCAUUGGGGCACAGGACCUCAGCAGCGCCCAGCGACGUAUGAAGGACAUCUGGGCUCCUUCUGUCCGGGCCAGAGAUGCCACUUGGUAUGCCCUCAAGUUCCUCGGCUCGGUACUCUUGGAGCAGAGCGGCAAUCCGCGCCAGAACGGUUAUCAUAACUCGUCGCACUCGGACGCGGACCUGCCCUAUUGCGCUCGUGAAGAUGUCCUUUUGAAUCGCCCUUGGGUGCUGUAUUUCGCUGCACUUGUGGUCUGGAGCUACGGACAUGCGUUGGAGGGACCGUGUCCGGACGCCGUGGUUCCGACCUCCAAGGCGGAACGGGUUCGCGAGAUGAGGGAGUACCUAAUGGCGUACGGCGGGACCAGCUACCCGGAGGACCUGAGAUCCAUGAAGGGGUUGAAUAAGAACAGCUCGCUAAUGUUGGUGCUCAAGGACACCUUCCUUACGACGAGAUGGGAGCUGUUGCAUGAGGGCGCGACGCUAUUGAACAAUUGCGUGAAUCUCAACGCAGGGACAAUGGUUUGA